AUGGCGGCUCUGCGGCUCCUGGCGUCUGUGCUCAGGCGGCGGGUCCCCGCCGGCCGCUCGGGGCGCGCGCUGGCUAAGGGUGGCGCGUGCGGCUUCGCCUGCAGCGCCCGCGCGCGCGCCAGGUUCUACACGGACCCGGUGAAGGCCGUGGGAGACAUCACUGACGGCUCGAGGAUCAUGAUCGGAGGCUUCGGGCUUUGCGGGAUCCCGGAGAACCUGAUAGGGGCGCUGCUGAAGACCCGCGUGAAGGACUUGACCGUGGUCAGCAGCAACGUUGGGGUGGAGAACUUCGGUCUCGGCCUUUUACUGGGGACCAAGCAGAUCACCCGCAUCAUCUGCUCCUACCUGGGGGAGAACUCGCUCUGUGAGCACCAGUACCUGGCAGGCGAGCUGGAGCUGGAGAUCACGCCCCAGGGCACCCUGGCCGAGCGCAUCCGCGCGGGGGGCGCCGGUGUGCCCGCCUUCUACACCCCCACGGCCUACGGGACCCUGGUCCAGGAGGGAGGCGCACCCAUCAGGUACUUACCGGACGGCCACAUCGCCAUCCUCAGCCAGCCCAGGGAGGUGAGGGAGUUUCAUGGGCAGCACUACCUGCUGGAGCAUGCCAUCACCGCCGAUUUUGCUUUGGUGAAAGGCUGGAAGGCCGACUGGGCCGGAAAUGUCAUCUUCAGGGCCAGGGCCAGGAACUUCAACGUGCCCAUGUGCAAAGCUGCCAGAACCUCCGUGGUGGAGGUUGAAGGAAUUGUGGAUGUGGGGUCCUUUGCCCCAGAAGACAUCCAUGUUCCUAACAUUUAUGUAGAUCGCAUUAUACAGGGGGAAAAAUAUGAGAAAAGAAUUGAGCGCUUAACCAUCCGGAAAGAGGAUGAUGAAAUAUGCAAGUCUUCAGAUAACAUAAGGACGCGGAUCAUCAAGCGGGCAGCUCUUGAAUUUGAGGACGGCAUGUACGCCAAUCUGGGCAUCGGCAUCCCUCUCCUGGCCCCCAGCUACAUCAGCCCCAACAUCACCGUGCACCUUCACAGUGAGAACGGGAUCUUGGGCUUGGGUCCCUUUCCAUUAAAAGAGGAGGUGGACACAGACCUCAUCAAUGCGGGCAAGCAGACAGUCACCCUUCUUCCCGGGGGCUGUUUUUUCUCCAGCGAUGAGUCAUUUGCCAUGAUUCGGGGGGGACACAUCAACCUGACCUUGCUGGGAGCCAUGCAGGUUUCCAAAUACGGUGACCUGGCUAACUGGAUGAUACCCGGCAGGAAGGUGAAAGGCAUGGGGGGUGCUAUGGAUCUGGUGUCCAGUUCCAAGACGCGCGUGGUGGUCACCAUGGAGCACUGCAACAAGGCCAAUGAACCCAAGAUCGUGGAGAAGUGCACCAUGCCGCUGACUGGGAAGCGGUGCGUGGACCGAAUCAUCACCGAGAAGGCCGUGUUUGACGUGCACAAGAAGACAGGACUGACCCUGAUUGAGCUCUGGGAAGGCCUAACCGUGGAGGACGUCAAAAAGAGCACGGGGAGCCCCUUUGCCAUCUCCCCGAAUCUCAGACCCAUGCAGCAGGUCAAAAUGUAGCCCGAGAGUGAACCUCAGUCCCAGAGUGUGUGCUUCUGCCUUCACCUCCCAGGACUGCAUUCCAAGGAAGCCACAGUCACAGUUGUACAUUUCACCAGCAUCUGGCAGCUUUAUCCUGCCAUCCCAGACUGAUUGCCCCUGGAUAGGCUUUGUUCUCUCAGGAGAGACAUGCCUUUAAUUAAAAACCAAAGGAAAGCAAAGACGUUGACCUUGUAUGUCCUGUGAAUUCUGAGAAAGCUCUGCUCCCAUCGCCCUCCUCACUGUCUGUUAUAUUUACAUUAAAUUCUAUGCUGUUUGAGAUGAUCCCAUAGAAAGGGUUUCAUUGAAGUGCCUGUUGGCAUGAAUGAAUCAUGAACCAUAGGGAAAGUGACGGGGGAGGAACAAAUCCACCCAGAGUCUGCGUCUGGAGUUUCCUAGAACCAUGAAAACAUACACACGUAAAUGUGAAUUUGUGAUCAGGAGAAAUGCUAUCUUAAAGAAUGACCUUUUUUUUCUUUUGGCCCCUUUGACUUUCCUUCUGGAACUUUCAUUUUGUCCCUAAAGUUUGUUUUCAUUGUAGCCUCACCUCUGCCCCCCAUAUUUCUGCUUCUUGUAGCUAAGCAUAUGUCUCUAGAAGGGAAGCAAGAAUGUCUAGGCAGCCAGUAAACUGGUCAUAGGAGCAAUUGAAGGGGGAGAGACCGUGAGUACUAAUGUUCUGCGGGGUGGUCUCCUCUGAAUAAACAGUCUAGCCGUGUGCUUCCAAAGGCUUUGGCUUAGGAUGGGAGGGAUCUACAAACCUGACAGAUGGACUUCAGUGGGUUUUCUCAUCUCAGAUCAUCCAGAUCAGACACUGGACCCUUCCUCUCUAUCACAGCCUAAACCAGCCUUUUGUUCAUACUCCCUUGAAACUCAAGAGAGGCAGAGAGGUACUUCAUCCUGAAUCCACAGUCUCACAAGCUAAACAGAAAAAAAUGUGUGUGUGUGUGUGUGUGUGUGUGUCUAGGGUUCAAACUCAGGCCUGCCGUGGAACUCAGGCUUUCUCAGUGAGGCCCUAGGGCUGCACAGGAGCUCGUGGGUAAGAACACGAAGCUCCAGCUGGUCAAGGAAGGCCUUUCGGAGAGGCCUCCCUGGAGCCUCACCCUGGCGGGAGGCCCAGAUCCUGAAGUGGAGACAGUGCCCCUGAAGGGACAGCCACGGGGUGUCAGGGGACCGUCACCAGGCGGGCAGGGGAUGGGCAUCACCGGGUGGACGGUGCAGCACCUUCUGGGGCUUCUGGAGACGAGGACCUGAUGUGCCCUGGGUGUCGGGAGGGGUCUUCCAGCAGCAGCCAGGACAGGCAGAGGUUUCCAGAAGCAGAUCAGUGAGAGGGCUGGUCAACAGCAGAAAGAAGGAAAAGCACUGCGUUCCUAGUUCUCCUGGCGAGGAAACAACCUGCGGGACAAAAGCACGCCUGGUCACAGCUGGUUUCCCUCCAAGGGUCCCCAGGCGUCCUGACUGUCCUUCAACGUGGACACCCAUGACUGCAGGCUGAGAAGGGGGCAGGGGCUGCAGGGAGGGUCAGGUGGCACCCAGGGCAGAAAGAGGCCUUGGGGACGGAUGGGAGCGACCUUGGCCUGGCCCAGGCGGAGGGGCUGAGUCCCCGGGGAUGGGACAGGCAGGGGAGCUGCCAUGACACCCGGGCCCUGAUGGGGAGGACUCAGACAUGGGAGGAGGCUGGACGUGUCGGGGGCCCGCCUGGCCCAGAAGAGCAGCAUCUUCAUCUGUGCCUGCAGUGGGGGAGGGAAGGCCACAAUGGCCCCCAUCUCCAGGCGUGGCCACACACCCUCAUCCCCUGCAAAGGGACGGCGUGCCUGCCGGCACCCUCACAGCUCAGGUCUAGAGUGGGGACUCUGGGCCCCCGAGGCUCCUGGAGUUCCCGCUCUGCUUUCUCGAAAGGGUCCUGCCAGAGUCAGGCAGCCUGAGGGCCACCACCUGGACAGCCCAGGCCUGCCCUGUGACCCCACCUCUCUGUGCCCAGGAGACCCCAAUAUCAGACAGUUGCACAAAGAAAAGCCUACAGUGGGCCCAGCCUUGGGGCACUGAAGGUCUCCCUGGCCCGUCCGUGGACAGGGCUCUCCAGGGACUCACAGGACCGGGGCUGCACACACAGGCCCGGAGGGCUGCUGGGCCAAGACCACCCCACAUGUCCACUGGGCAUGGAGCUCCACUCCAGUGCCGCCUGGCCGACAGCCGUCCGCCUGCCUGUGUCACUCCUUGGCCACCUCCUGGUGCCCUCGGGCCCUUUCCCUCUGCAGAGGGGCUGCUCUGUGUCUUGUGGCUUCGCCUCCUCAUGGGCCGGCUCUUCCUGGGUCCCUCACUUGCCAUGAUCCAAACUCCCCGAAGGCUUCUCCCUGGGCCCCUUCAGUGUCAGCUCCUGUCUCAGCAGGGUCAUCUCUGCUGAGCCCUCUGAUGGGCCCAGUGCGUGUAGUGGCAGGUGAUGUCAUAGGUCAAAGUUAGUUUCUGGUCAGUUGGUUGUUCAGUCAACUCUGGCCCCUGGACUUGGGCGUAAAGUACAGCCGUGUAAGGGCUGACCUUUGAGGUAAGUUGUGUGUGGGGCAGGCAAUGUCCUUGACAUGUCGUGUGCAGUGGAGAUCAUGAGACCGACCCGCUAAUGUGUACACUUGCUUCAUAUCAACACGCCUGUGUGUGUUUGUGUGUACACAUACAUUUAUGUGCACAUGUGUACAUGCCUGUGCAUCAGUGUUGCAACAUUGGGGUGAAAUGUAUGUGGAAAUGGGAUGCUCUGCCUUGUGUUUUAAGAAAUGUGACAGUGAGCUUGUAGUCACAUCCCUGUUGUUUAGUCUGAGAAAAUCCCAUCAGGAAAGGAAAUGACAUUUUCCCUUUAUGGAAAAGGAAAAGACAUUCUCAUCUUUAUGAUGAAAGCCAGGAAAUAACCUAAAUGUCUAAAGAUGAACUAAUAUCUAAAUAUUCAGAUCUACUCAAAGGAAUUUUGUAUAUUUGAAACGUUCAUAGUUGAGACUUAACCGAGAAAAUGUUUAGGUGGAAAAAUUGGGGAAAAAAUACGGAUUUCUUUGUUUUGCGGAAAAUUUUUUAAAAACUAUUUUUUAUAUUGGUUGUGUGGAUCUUUGUCGCUGUGCAUGGGCUGUCUCUGGUUGCGGCUAGUGCAGCUGCUCUUUGUUGUGGUGCCUGAGGAUUUCACUGUGGUGGCUUCUCUAAUUUCAGAGCACAGGCUCUAGGCACACGGGCUUCAGCAGUUGCAGCACUAUGCUCACAAUUUAAAUUAACAUGAAAAACGAAAGCCUAGAAAAAGUGAAAAUGGUGUAUUGUAGUGUGGAAGGGGUUUUAUGGGUGAUAUUUUUUCUAAGUUUCUUUACAGUUGUUUUUAUAUCACUUUGACGAUUAAAACACAAGAGUGCAUUGGGAAUACAAAGAGGUACAGGAAGAUAGUUUUAUUGGUGGAGCUGACUUUUCCAGGGAUAAUCAGUGUGUUUUUCCUGCAUCCUCAGGCUCUAGGCGGAUGUGGGUAAAAUUCCGCUUUUACAAGCAUCACUGCUUUGAGGCUAAAGCCCCAGUUGUGUCUUUGCCCGCAGCCUUUUCUCUUUCUUCCUUUUUAAACCACAGACCUGGUGGCUAAGAACAUAAGUGGACAAGAACUUGGGCUCUGGGAUUAGAUGCUUGUGUUUGAACCCGACCCUGGGACUUGGAGUAAAUGUCUCUGCCUGCUGAGCCUGGGGUCUCCUUUGGGGGCUUUAGGGGGCGGUAUCAGCAGAGCAAGCACUGAGCCAGCCCUUUCCCCGGUGAGGGCUGUAAAUCCUACACUGAUCCCCAGAAAGGAUGGGGUGGGAGCUAGAGCCCCACGAUGGAGGUUUGACCCUGGUUCUGAAAGUCCCCGGCAGUGGGGCUCUGGGGAGUCACUGAGCAGCUCUGUUUCUCGGUGAAAUGAUGGGUCCGGGGUCACCGUGAAGACUGGCUGAGAACCUCACGUGAACUGACUGGAGUCUGUAAAGCACUGUUAGCACCAGAGACGCCCUCGAUCAUCACUAAUCCUGACCCUGCGCUCGCGAGGCCCCUCCCUGACCCCGUAGACGCGCCGCCCCGUCAGGGGGUUGGGGGGAGAGCGGGCAGGGAAGCUGAGGGGCUGGGGCUGGACUGGGGACCCGGGUCUUCAGAGGCGGAAACCCAGGCGCAGUGGGUCCCCCGAGGUCUCAACCUCGAGCUCCCGGCCCGCCCACAGAGAGGUCCCCGCUGUGUCCCCACGCAGCG